GUUUUUGAAGGCGGAAAGGUGAAUGAGGUUCCAGUCAUAAGGAUUUAUGGCUCCACACCGGCUGGUCAGAAGACUUGUUUGCAUGUUCACCGAGCUUUGCCCUAUUUAUAUGUUCCGUUUGCUGAUAUAUUGCCUUCUGGUUCUCAUUCUCAAGAAGAAGAUGGAGCAAUGGUGGAUGCUUUAGCUUUUUCCUUGGAGAAAGCCUUGAAGCUUAAAGGUGGUGCUGGUUCAAAAAGACAGCAUGUGCAUGGUUGCAGCAUUGUUCGAGCAAAGAAGUUUUACGGUUACCAUUCAUCAGAGGAGCUAUUUGUGAAGAUUAAUCUCUAUCAUCCGCAUGAUGUUUCCCGUGCUGCUGAUCUUCUUUUGGGAGGUGCAGUUCUUGAUAAAAGUUUGCAGCCCCAUGAGUCACAUAUUCCCUUCAUUCUCCAAUUUCUGAUUGAUUACAACUUGUAUGGGAUGGGUUGUGUACAUCUAUCAAAGAUGAAGUUUCGUCAACCAGUUCCAGGUGUUUUCAUGUCAAGGAAAUUUAAUGUUGCUGGCAAAUAUACACAGGAGAGGGAUGACUUUACUUCAGGAUUCUCUGAUUUUCAGGCAGAUUCAAGUCACGAUCCAUCGUUGAGUUCUCCAGUUUGGAUUUCUUCCAAGAUUCCCCAUGCCUGGAUCUGGAACAACUCAAGUGAAUUUGAUGAGCUAUCAGGUCAAGACAUUUGCCAUGUGAAACGGCAAAGUGUUUGUGAACUUGAAGGAGAUGCUACUAUAGAUGACAUUCUUAAUCAGCAAUUUAAAAUGUUCACAUCCCUUUCACAAAACUGCUCAGAUGUGAAAAUGGUUCAGUCACUCAUCCCAAUAUGGGAGGAAGAGUAUGGAAGGACUGGAAUUCGUGGGGAACUUUCAUGCCCUGAUCCUGACAAACCAUUUCCAGAAGAUGUUCUGAGAACUCUCUUAGUUGGUCUUGGAUUUGAGGACAGGCUAAAUGAGUUAUGUAGUGGAGUCAAAGAAGCAUUGAAUCAUGAUGGAAUAAAAUUUGAGCAUGUAGUAGUGCCUUCAACAGAAGAGAGAAAAUUGACCAUGCUUUCUCAUGUCAGUUCUAAUGACAAGUGUCCAGAUCAUUUGAAUUCUUUGGAAGGGCAAAACAUUAUGGAUUCUGGCUCAGAACUUACCGUACCAUGCAAAAAAGAGAUGGAUGCUACACCAUCUAUGCCAAAGGAUACAUGUGCUCUACAAUCACCUGAAAUCAUAGUAGCCUCAGAUCAGAAGGCUAGAGAUGUUGAAGUCCUGGAGCUUUUAAGGUGGCUUGCAACUUCUCAGGCUGCUGAAGAGAUAAACUCAGAUGAUGAACUUAUUCACAAGACUAUUCUGACUCCUCUGUUGCCUGCAACAACCAUUGAUAAGGUGCUAGAAAAAGCUAGUUUGGACUUUGAUAGUGAAUCUCAAAAAGAGUGCCAGGACAUCCUUGAUUCAAUUGAGGACUUAGUCAACUUUGAGGAUCAGAAAGAAGGAUCUUCUUCUCCUUUGGCUGAUCACACUCAAAUUUCAUUGGACAGAAAGAUCCCUCAAACAGAUGGCUCUGCUGAUGAUCUAUUCUUAACAGCUGCUGAGUUGGCUGAAAAUUCAACAAAAACGGAAGUUGAAAGUGAAUAUAAGAGAUCUUCACAAGAAUCACAACACCUCAUACAACAGGAUGGUAGUGCACGAAUUAGUAGUAAGCGCAAAAGGAAAAAUAAUCUUUGGGGCUCUUUGCCAAUUUCUAUUGCUAAAAAUGUUAGCAAUGACUUGGAUACUACCAAUUUCCAAACAAUUAAUGCAUGUGCUAAUGAAACUAAAGAAUUAAGUACAAGUUUCUCUGCUGAAAACAAAUUGGGGGAACUUUCUGAUUCUUUAAUCACUGAUAUACCUAGCAGUGAUUAUGCUACAAAGGAAGCAACCACAUUGGUUGGAUGCUCUGUUCGGGAUUUGAUGAGGAAAAAGCGAAGCCACCGAAUGGAGACUGCUGAAUCUGAUUCUCUUGGGAUGGAAAAAGUUAAUUUGAAAGGAGAAAAGGAAGAGGAUAUCUACCUCUACCCUAAGCAGUUGGAUUUUUAUGGAUUACAUGACAAUGUGCAUGAGAAGCAAGCUGCUGGGUCUCUCAACUAUAAGCCAUUAGUUAUUGAUGAGUCUGUUGCUUCCAGACCUACUUAUUCUGGUUCUGUGGAUGGUACUGCAGUCCUUUUGUCUGAUAAUGAUGAACCACGGCUGGUCAGUAAAGGUCCAGUGCAACUAGAAGAGAAAAUACCACAUAUUUUCUACUGCAAAAAUCAAUAUUCUACAAUUUCCGUCCAGCAUUUGGGAACUUCUAAUAGUACAGUUUCCAACUUUGCAGCAACUUCUGCAGGACCUAUAGGUUCUGAGUCUACUUCUGCUAUGGAUUACAGAUGGCAACAAACAAACACGAGUUGUCCAGCAAGCUGCUUAUCAGCUUUUCCUGUUAGGCAUGGUAACAUCCACAAAUGCAGCCGUGCAGGGAUAGAUUCCUUGCCAAUUUACAAGCUUGUUGGAGCAGAUGUGCCAUCUGACAUGCAGCAUGAGGAUUGUAAUGGUAAUAAACAGGAAGGAGAUAUUGGUUUAUGUGGGCCUGGAUACUUACCUGCCACAGUUGGCCAGGUAGACACAACAUCGGCAGGGUUAGUUACUGAGACCUUCUGCAAGGAGCAUCCAACAACAGCUUGGAUUGGUGUAGCAUCUGCUGACGUUUCCCUUUCAGCUACUAUCCCAAAACCUGAUGUUGAGCGAGGAAAUCGUCAAGGAACAUCAGAAGGUAGAGCUUUGGAUCAAAUCCUCCCAUUUUUGCCAGGAGAUUGCCAAGGAGGGGAGGAAGUUAAACAAAAGAACAUUGGAAAUGAAAACUCUAAUUUCUGUCAAGAAGCUUCUGCGGAAAUACCUACUUACUGUCAAAAUGAUGGCUCAUUUUUGUAUCUGUUGACACCUUUUUUGUCACCCCCUUCUGCUGAUUCUGUAAAUAGAUGGGUGUUGUGUAGUAAUGAAGGUAGUCUUGGAGAGAUCAACAAAGUGCCUGUCGAGUUGUCUUCUUUGAAAGGCUCUUCUCAAAGUCUGAAUGUUUUGGACACCCUUUCACCUGAUGAUUCUACCAAGGACACAGAGCCUGGUGUUGAGUCUUCUGUAAGACCCACAUGGGAUCAAUCACAUAAAGCGAAGGAUGUCACCUUGGCUGCUGAGUUGAAGCCAUACAGUAACAAUGUGACUGCAAUAUUGCCUGGUGAAGGAACAAUUGAAAAAUUACAUCCAUCCUCUGAUGACUCACAAGAUAUAUCUCAGAUUUCAGGUCCAGAUGGAAAAUCAAGGCCCACUCCAUUAAGUCAGAUUGGGUUUCGAGAUCCUGCAAGUGUUGGUGCUGGGCAACAACUUACAUUGUUAAGCAUUGAGGUUCAAGCAGAAUCUAGAGGGGAUCUGCAACCUGAUCCUCGAUUUGAUGCAAUUAAUGUCAUAGCUCUGGCACUUCAGGGUGAUAGUGGUUCUAUUAUUGACAUAUAUGUGCUUUUGAAUGGUAAAAAUGGAUCUUGUAAAAGUUUAUCAGUUCUACUGAGCCUACAUGUGAGAAGUGUGAAAUAGAAAAACCACAUUGGUUAACUUUGGGGUUUCUAGUGGCCUUAUAAAUAAGUUGGGCCCCUCCACCUUCCAAUUGCUUUUUUGUUGGAUGCCUUAACAGAAUUUUCACAUUAAUGAACUAGUGCUAGUUCUCUACUUAAUAUUUGGAGAAGAGUUUCAGAGAACUAGUUAACUUAAUUUUCUAUGUCAAUUUGAUGAUGCAGGAUGCUUGCCCAACAGCUAUGAUUUCUUUAAUCUUUAUUGCAGUUAUUGUAGAUUGACAUGACUAAUUUUGUUAGCCUUGUGAAAAUGCAUGUGGGCCUGAACAUAAAUUGCACUUAGCCUAUGUUAUUUUAAGAACACGUUUGUUCUUAUUAUUUAGCUCCAUAGGUUUUACUCAGCCAUAAAUUAUAUAUCAAACACAUGUAGUACAAUGUUAUAUUAUAAUAAUUGCCUAGUUGUUGUUGAAGGUGGUUAUUCUUUCCCUUCAAGUAUGCCCUUUUGGGUGUGUAUAACAUGUCUGAAUGGAAAAACAAAUGCUCCCAUUUAUUCAUUCAAAUCAUUCAACGGUGUUUCCACCGAGUGAUGCCCUUUUGCAUGUGUAAUACAUGUCAGAAUGGAAAAAUAGAUGCUCCCUUUUAUUCAGACAUAUAACUCAACAAAGUGUAAUUGAUGGCCUUCUGAUGUGCUAUAUAUAGUUGGAGUGAUAUUUAUUUCAUCAAAGGUAAUGAGAAUUGGAUAUUCUUCUGCCUUUGUUGUUCAUGUCAUGAUUACUUUUAC